UUAUUCUUUGAGAUUUAUUUUCGGUUUGGAAUUGAACGAGUACAAAAUUGAAUUCUUUGCGGUGUGAAUUGUGGACAAUUUACUAAGAGAGAGCUGACAACAAUAACAAUAACAAAAUGACGACGGACAUUUCAAUUGUUCGAUGGGACCCCAGCCAGGGUCCUGGCAACGAAUAUAUCGAUGAAUACGAAUACGAUGGCGGCAACUCCAGUUCGCGACUGUUCGAGAGGUCGCGCAUCAAGGCGCUCGCCGAGGAGCGCGAGAGCGUACAGAAGAAGACAUUCACCAAGUGGGUGAAUUCGCAUCUGUGUCGCGUCAAUUGUCGCAUCGCCGAUCUCUAUGUGGAUAUGCGCGAUGGCAAGCAUUUAAUCAAGCUGCUCGAGGUGCUAUCCGGCGAACGUCUGCCCAAGCCGACCAAGGGAAAGAUGCGCAUCCACUGCCUGGAGAAUGUCGAUAAGGCACUCCAAUUUCUUCGCGAACAGCGCGUCCAUCUCGAGAACAUUGGCUCCCACGAUAUUGUUGAUGGCAAUGCCUCACUCAAUCUCGGCCUCAUCUGGACAAUUAUCUUGCGCUUCCAGAUACAAGAUAUCACAAUUGAGGAGGUGGACAACAAGGAGACAAAGUCGGCGAAGGAUGCAUUGCUGCUGUGGUGCCAGAUGAAGACCGCUGGCUAUCAUAAUGUGAAUGUGCGAAACUUUACGACAUCAUGGCGCGAUGGAUUGGCCUUCAAUGCGAUCAUACACAAACACCGUCCAGAUCUGGUGCAGUUCGAGAAGCUGUCGAAAACGAAUGCCAUACACAAUCUGAACAAUGCAUUCGAUGUCGCCGAGGAUAAGCUCGGUUUGGCCAAGCUGCUCGAUGCCGAGGAUGUUUUCGUUGAGCAUCCCGACGAGAAAUCGAUAAUUACGUAUGUGGUCACAUACUAUCACUACUUCAGCAAACUGAAGCAGGAGACGGUACAGGGCAAGCGUAUUGGCAAGGUGGUCGGUAUUGCAAUGGAGAACGAUAAGAUGAUUCACGACUAUGAGCACUUCACCAGCGAUCUGCUCAAAUGGAUCGAGACGACGAUAGAGUCGCUGGGCGAACGUGAGUUUGCCAACUCAUUGGUCGGUGUUCAGGGACAAUUGGCGCAAUUCUCCAAUUAUCGUACCAUCGAGAAGCCACCGAAAUUCGUUGAGAAGGGCAACCUGGAGGUGUUGCUGUUCACCCUCCAAUCGAAGAUGCGCGCCAAUAAUCAGAAACCCUAUACGCCCAAGGAGGGCAAAAUGAUAUCGGACAUAAAUAAGGCCUGGGAGCGUCUGGAGAAGGCCGAGCACGAGCGUGAGCUGGCGCUGCGCGAGGAGCUCAUACGCCAGGAGAAACUGGAACAGUUGGCAGCCCGUUUCGAUCGCAAGGCAUCCAUGCGUGAGACGUGGCUAUCCGAGAAUCAGCGUCUCGUCAGCCAGGAUAACUUUGGAUUCGAUUUGGCCGCAGUUGAAGCGGCUGCCAAGAAGCACGAAGCCAUCGAAACGGACAUCUUUGCGUAUGAGGAGCGUGUCGAGGCUGUUGUUGCUGUUUGCGAUGAGCUCGAAUCGGAGCGCUAUCACGAUGUGAAGCGCAUCCUGUUGCGCAAGGAUAACGUGAAGCGUCUCUGGAUGUAUCUGUUGGAGUUGCUGCGAGCGCGUCGCAUGCGUUUGGAGAUCUCGUUGCAGCUGCAACAGAACUUCCAGGAGAUGCUCUACAUUCUGGACAACAUGGAGGAGAUUAAGCAACUCCUCAUGACUGACGACUAUGGCAAGCAUCUGAUGGGCGUCGAGGAUCUGUUGCAGAAGCACUCGCUGGUCGAGGCCGACAUCAAUAUACUGGGCGAACGUGUCAAGGUCGUUGUGCAGAACUCACAGAAGUUCCUCAGCGACGAUCCCGAAUCGUAUAAGCCAUGCGAUCCCGAGAUUAUUGUAUCGCGCGUCCAACAGCUGGAGGAUGCGUACGCGGAACUGGUGCGUCUGGCUGUGGAGCGACGCAGUCGCCUUGAGGAGAGCCGCAAACUGUGGCAAUUCUAUUGGGACACCGCCGACGAGGAGAACUGGAUCAAGGAGAAGGAGCAGAUCGUCUCAACGGAUGAAAUUGGUCACGAUCUGACCACCGUCAAUCUGUUGCUGAGCAAGCAUAAGGCACUCGAAUCGGAGAUCACAUCGCACGAUCCACAACUGCAGAAUGUGGCCAAGGUGGGUGCCGAGCUGAUCACCGAGGGUCACUUUGGGGCCGAUCGCAUCAAGGAUCGCCUCAAGGAGAUCCUAUCCAAAUGGGAUCAUCUGCUCGAUCUGACCAAGUAUCGCCGUCAGCGUCUGGAGAAUGCCGUCGAAUACUUCCAACUGUUUGCCGAUGCCGAUGACGUGGACAACUGGAUGUUGGAUACGCUGCGUAUUGUCUCCAGUGAGGAUGUGGGUCGCGACGAAGCCAAUGUCCAAUCGCUGCUCAAGAAGCACAAGGAUGUCGCCGAAGAGCUGAAGAACUAUGCCGAGGUCAUCGAUGCCCUGCACAAACAGGCCGACACCCUCAAGCUCAACGAGCCGGAGAAGGCAAGUGUGGACAAGCGACUGGAGGCGAUCGAUUCACGUUACAAGGAGCUCACCGAACUGGCCAAGUUACGCAAACAGCGUCUCCUCGACGCACUCAGCCUGUACAAGCUGAUGUCGGAGGCGGAUGGCGUCGAGCAAUGGAUCAAGGAGAAGACCAAGAUGUUGGACACCAUGGUGCCCGGCAAAGAUAUCGAGGAUGUUGAGAUUAUGAAGCAUCGCUUCGAGGGCUUCGACAAGGAAAUGAAUGCAAAUGCUUCCCGCGUUGCCGUCGUCAAUCAACUUGCCCGGCAGCUGCUCCACGUCGAGCAUCCUAAUUCCGAUGAGAUUCUCGAUAGGCAGAAUCAUCUCAACCAGGAGUGGUCGACGCUGCGCGAGAAGGCCGAGGCCAAGAUGGAUGACCUGAAGUCCGCCCACGGUGUACAGACCUUCUACAUUGAAUGCCGCGAGACUAUCUCUUGGAUCGAGGACAAGAAACGCAUCCUCACCGAAACCGACAGCCUGGAGAUGGAUCUAACUGGUGUGAUGACACUGCAGCGUCGUCUAAGCGGCAUGGAUCGUGAUCUGGCCGCAAUUCAGGCGAAAUUGUCGAGCUUGGGUCGCGAGGCAGACAGCAUUGAGGUGGAGCAUCCGGAGGAGGCGCAGCUAAUCCGUGAGCGUAUCGCACAAAUCGAACUCAUUUGGGAGCAGCUGACACAGAUGCUGAAGGAGCGCGACUCUAAGCUGGAGGAGGCUGGCGAUUUGCAUCGCUUCCUGCGCGAUCUCGAUCACUUCCAGAUCUGGCUAACCAAGACCCAGACGGAUGUCGCCUCAGAGGACACGCCCACAUCACUGCCGGAAGCCGAGAAGCUGCUCAAUCAGCAUCAAUCCAUACGCGAGGAGAUCGACAAUUAUACCGAAGAUUACAAGUCCAUGAUGGAGUACGGCGAACGUUUGACUUCCGAGGGCAACACAUCCGAGGAUCCGCAGUAUAUGUUCCUCCGCGAACGCUUGAACGCCCUCAAGGAUGGCUGGGAGGAGCUGCAUCAGAUGUGGGAGAAUCGUCAGGUGUUGCUCUCGCAGAGUCUCGAUCAGCAGCUCUUCAAUCGGGAUGCACGCCAGACCGAAGUGUUGCUCAGCCAGCAGGAGCACUUCCUUAGCAAGGACGACACACCGGUCAAUCUGGAACAGGCCGAGAAUCAAUUGAAGCGUCACGAAGCCUUCCUCACCACCAUGGAGGCCAACGAUGACAAGAUCAAUACGCUGCUUCAAGUGGCCGACACCCUCGUCGAGAAGGAGCACUUUGAUGCCGACAAGAUUGGCAAACGGGCCGAGAAUAUCACUGGACGACGUGAUGAUAAUCGCCAGCGGGCGCUCGAUCAGCAUGAGAAGCUGAAGAAUCAGGUGAAACUGCACGAGUUCCUCCAGGAUUUGGAGGAACUGGCCGAAUGGGUGCAGGAGAAGUAUGUUACAUCCCAGGAUGAGACCUAUCGCAGCGCAAAGACAAUUCACUCCAAGUGGACCCGGCAUCAGGCAUUCGAGGCUGAGAUUGCCGCCAAUAAGGAGCGCCUCUAUGAGGCCGAAAAGUCCGCCCAGGAGCUGUCGAAGGAGAAGCCCGAAUUCAAGGAUGUCAUCGAGCCCAAGCUCAAGGAGCUGGCCAAGCAAUUCGAUGAUCUUGAGGUGCACACCAAGGAGAAGGGCGCCCUGCUCUUCGAUGCUAAUCGCGAGGUGCUCGUCCAGCAGACCUGCGACGACAUCGACUCGUAUAUUACAGACCUUGAGCGGCAGAUUGUUAGUGGUGAUACCGCCAACGAUUUGACCUCGGUGAAUAUCCUGAUGCAGAAGCAACAGGUUAUCCAGACACAGAUGGCGGUGAAGGCGCGUCAAGUCGAAGAGAUUGACAAACAGACCGAAUAUCUACAGAAGACGGUGCCCGAGGAGAAGAUCGAACCGAUUGUGGUGAAGAAGACGGCCGUUUUGGAGCGCUUUGAGAAGAUCAAGGCGCCGCUGUUGGAGCGUCAGAAGCAGCUGGAGAAGAAGAAGGAGGCAUUCCAGUUCUGUCGCGAUGUCGAGGACGAGAAGCUCUGGAUCGAUGAGAAGUUGCCGGUGGCCAACUCAUCCGACUACGGCAACUCUCUGUUCAAUGUUCAUGUACUCAAGAAGAAGAACCAAUCGCUGGCCACUGAAAUUGAUAACCAUGAGCCGCGCAUCAAUGCCAUCUGCAACAAUGGACGCAAACUGAUCGAUGAGGGUCACGAGGAUGCCAAGAAAUUUGAGGCGCUGAUCAGCGAUUUGACUGCCAAGUGGCAGGAGCUCAAGGAUGCCAUCGAUAAUCGCAAGAAGCAUCUGCUCGAAUCGGAGAAGGUGCAACAGUAUUUCUUCGAUGCACAGGAGGCCGAAUCGUGGAUGAGCGAACAGGAGCUCUACAUGAUGGUCGAGGAUCGCGGCAAGGAUGAGAUUAGCGCACAGAAUCUAAUGAAGAAGCACGAGAAUCUGGAGCAAUCUGUCGAGGACUAUGCGAACACCAUUCGCCAGCUGGGCGAGGUGGCGCGCCAAUUUAGCAGCGAUGAUGUGUCCAGCGGUGAUGCCGUCGCCGUCAAGCAAUCCCAACUGGACAAACUGUAUGCCGGUCUCAAGGAUCUGGCAGGUGAGCGUCGUGCCCGCCUCAAUGAGGCUCUCCAACUGUUCAUGCUUAGCCGCGAGGUCGAUGAUCUGGAGCAAUGGAUAACCGAUCGCGAAGUGGUCGCCGGCUCCCAGGAGCUGGGCCAGGAUUACGAUCAUGUCACACUCCUCUCGGAGCGCUUCAAUGAGUUCGCCCGCGACACAGAGGCUGUUGGCGGAGAGCGUGUGGCCAAGGUGAAUGGCAUUGCUGAUAAUCUGAUACAGGCCGGACACUCGGACUCGGCCACCAUUGCCGAGUGGAAGGAUAGCCUGAACGAGUCGUGGCAGGAUCUGCUCGAGCUGAUUGAGACACGCACCCAAAUGCUGGCCGCCUCGCGGGAACUGCACAAAUUCUUCCAUGACUGCAAGGAUGUGCUUGGCCGCAUUCUGGAGAAGCAGCACGGCGUCUCCGAUGAGCUGGGUCGCGAUGCUGGAUCUGUGUCGACGCUGCAGCGCAAGCAUUACAAUUUCCUGCAGGAUCUGACCACGCUGUACUCGCAGGUACAGCAAAUCCAGGAGGAGUCCGCCAAGCUGCAGGACGCCUAUGCCGGCGACAAGGCCAAGGAGAUCACCAAUCGGGAACAGGAGGUCCUCCAUGCCUGGGACAAUCUGCAGGCUAUGUGCGAUGCACGCAAACAGAAGCUGGCCGACACUGGUGAUCUGUUCCGUUUCUUCAAUAUGGUACGCAUACUCACCAUCUGGAUGGAGGAUCUGGUGCGCCAGAUGAACACCUCGGAGAAGCCGCGCGAUGUCUCCGGCGUCGAGUUGCUGAUGAAUAACCAUCAGAGUCUGAAGGCCGAGAUCGAUACUCGCGAGGAUAACUUUAGCGCCUGCAUAUCCCUGGGCAAGGAGCUGCUUACUCGCAAUCAUUACGCAUCCGCUGACAUCAAGGAUCGCCUGAAGUCGCUGAACAACAGCCGCAAUGCGCUACUCUUGCGCUGGGCGGAGCGAUGGGAGAACCUUCAGCUGAUCCUGGAGGUCUAUCAGUUUGCCAGAGAUGCUGCCGUUGCCGAGGCUUGGCUUAUUGCCCAGGAGCCGUACCUGCUGUCCUCCGAGCUGGGACACACCAUUGACGAAGUGGAGAAUCUGAUUAAGAAGCAUGAGGCAUUCGAAAAGUCGGCUGCCGCUCAGGAGGAGCGCUUUAGUGCACUUGAGCGUUUGACAACAUUUGAGCUUAAGGAAAUGAAGAGGCGCCAGGAGAUGGCGGAGGAGGCGGAACGACAUCGCAUCAAGGAGGAGCAGGAGGCUAAAGCUGCAUCCGAGGCGGCGGAGCUGGCCAAGCGUGAGGCUGAGCGACGCGACGAUGUUGAUGUGGGCGUUUCCCAUGACGAAGCAGAGCGUGGCGCCACACCAGCUUCUGGAGAUGGUCAGGAGGGUUAUGUGACACGAAAGCAUGAGUGGGAGUCGGCCACCAAGAAGGCAUCCAACCGAUCUUGGGAUAAGGUUUAUAUGGCUGCACGAGCCGGACGCGUUUCGUUCUUCAAAGAUCAGAAGGGUUAUAAGAGUAAUCCCGAAUUGACCUUCCGCGGCGAGCCCAGCUAUGAUCUGCAAGGUGCUGCCAUUGAAAUUGCCAGUGAUUACACCAAGAAGAAGCACGUGCUGCGAGUGAAGCUUGCCAGUGGGGCUGAGUUCUUGAUGCAAGCCCAUGAUGAUAACGAGAUGUCACAGUGGGUGUCCGCCCUGAAAGCCCAGAGUGAAUCGGCAGCUGUUGCGGCGAGCAGAUCCCAGACUCUGCCAGCCACUUCACAAAAGGACGAACCAAAGCGCAGAUCGUUUUUUACUUUAAAGAAAAAGUAAAUUGAAUUAUAUAGAGCAGCUAAUUAAAACAAACAAAAAAGAAAAAGAAAAAAAAAAAUUUAAAACAAAUACAAAAAAAUACAUAUAUAUUUUUUUCAUAUAUUUAAUGCAAAACUUAUUUCAUAAAAAAGCAAAAAACAAAAACAAAAAACUUGCAAGAGAAACAAGCAAAAAGUAAACGUAAACAAUUAUUAUGCUUAUCAAAUUUGCACGAUAAAUACUGCUAUUAUUGAUUAAACGUAUGUAUCUUAUUUAUUUAAACAAAUACAAAGUAAUAUAAAGAUAAAAAAAACAAAACAACAACAACAAAAAACAAAUUGAGAACAACUCGUGUAUGCAUUUCAAUGUAUUCGAUAAAUAAACGAAUUAUUCCUCUAAAGUA